AGUGUGCACAAGUAAAUAGGAAGGAGGGAAUGUUGCAAGUUAAAAUGACCACAAGUAAAUAGAUAUGGAGGGAGUAUGUAAUAUGAUGCAUAAUUAAUAAAGUACUUAAAGAAAACCACCGUAAAGUAGUAAUUAUAAAAUCCCCAGAACCCUACAGCAAAAUUGUCCUAACACUCAUCAAAAAAUGGAAGGAAUAGAGCACAAAUACGUUGAAGUGAAUGGGCUAAAGCUUCAUGUAGCUGAAACUGGAAAUGGGAAUUCCCCAGUUGUAGUGUUCUUACAUGGAUUCCCUGAAAUAUGGUAUUCUUGGAGGCACCAGAUGAUAGCUGUAGCCAGAGCUGGUUACAGAGCUAUUGCACCAGAUUUCAGAGGAUAUGGGUUAUCGGGUCAGCCACCCCAACCCGAGAAAACCACCUUUCUUGAUCUUACCAAUGACAUCCUUGCACUUCUUGAUGCUCUCAAUAUCUCUAAGGUUUUCCUCAUCGGUAAAGACUUUGGCUCUUUUAUCGUUUCACAAUUUGUCAAUCUGUAUGAGGAGAAAGUCUCUGGAUUUAUUGUAAUGGGGGUGCCAUUUUUGCCUCCGAAACCUCUCCAGUUUAAACAAGGCAUCCCUGAAGGCUUCUAUAUUUCGAGAUUUGCGGAACCAGGGAGAGCUGAAGCUGAUUUUGGUCGCCUUGACGCCAAAACAGUAGUGAGAAAUAUAUACAUUCUUUUCUCCAGAAGUGAAUUACCCAUUGCCAAUGAAAAUCAGGAAAUCAUGGACAUUGUGCAACCUUCAACUCCUCUGCCCCCUUGGUUCUCUGAGGAAGAUCUGACUGCAUAUGGUGCUUUGUAUGAGAACUCCGGAUUCCGAACUGCUAUGCAGGUUCCCUAUAGGUCACUGCAUGAAGAACUCAACAUUACAGAUCCAACCAUUCACGUUCCAGCACUGUUUAUUAAAGGAGAGAAAGAUUAUUUCCUCAAAUUUCCAGGAAUCGAAGAUUACAUUAGUGGUGGACUCCUCAAAAGUUUAGUCCCUAAUCUGCAGAUUGUUAACUUGCCAGAAGGAACCCAUUUUGUUCAAGAACAACUACCUGACGAAGUUAAUCCACUUGUGCUCGAAUUCCUUACUAAGAACAGCAAGCCUCAGUAAGGUCUCGCUGUUGUUGUUGCUCCGUCUACUAAGAAAAGAAGUUCCAAUAAAACAUUGUUAUUGUUACUGUUGUUAUUCUUCCGAGUUCCUACUACGAAGAAUAGUAAGCUUCAGUAGACUUAGUUAGUUGUGUUCUCUACAUAUGUAAUAUUUUGCUGCAGUGAGCCUGCAAUUACCAUGUUAUAAAAGCCAUAUUCUCUCUUUCUUGUUCUGUUAUAUUAUGAAUGUUGAGUUGAUCAUA